CUCGGUUUUGCUCUUAUGCACACAAAACUAACGAUAACCUCAAUCCGGCCUAGAUUUUUUUCCAAAAGGGAAAAGAAAAUGGAGAAGAGUCCGUCGUCGGCGAGCAGCGACGGCUCGCAAGAAGGCGGCGUCCGCCUGUUCAUGUCGCCGCCGGGAGCAGGCGGAGUGCUCCUCUACGGGCACUCGCCGGUGCCUUCUACGGCGAAGAAGUCGGAGAAGGCUGGCGCGCCUCUCGCGAGAGAGGCCGCCAAGCCAGCAAAGUCGGAGGUUCGUAACGUGCCAGUUUCAGACCCCUUUGUCGACCCCAAGACGCCAGAGGGCCUAGGGCAGCGUCAUCGCCGCACGGCCAAGCCGAGCACGGGCAGUGACCUGCUACCGCCAAACUCGAAGCUGCGCGGGCCCAGAGGCCAGCCGCCGGCCCCUCCUCCGCCUUUCUUCCUGACGGCGGCAGACACAGCGAGUGCCGGGCAGAGCCUCGCAGAACAGGUCCGGCGGUUUGCCGAGAGGAUCGACAUGAUUGGUGCCGAUGUAAGCUUCUACAGCGUGCCAGCUAUCAGAAUCCUCAUGAAGUACCAGAAGCUAAGCAUGGACGUCGUAAAGAAAGUUGUCAAGGAGCUCCACCAGGAGAGGGAGGAGAAGGAGAACGAGCAGAUGGAGCAGGGCCUCCUGGAGCCGGCGGACGCCCACAAACUGACAGCAGAUCUCAAGGCUCGGACAGUGAGAGUCCACAACGUGGUGGCGGCCCAGCAGUGGCCAGCCGAGCUGAAGGAUCUGCUGCAGCAGGAUCUCUACCAGGUUAUAAACCUCGUGGACGCUCUCGACGAGGAUGCGAAUCGACGCGGCAAUGUCGUCGAUCGAACCAAGAUCACCAUCGCCAACAUGGUGAUGAGGGACGAGAGGAUGCGGGCCGAGCACGAGUCGGCCAUCCACGAGCUGCAGGCCCAGCUGCAGAACGAGAAAGAGCGCCUGGAGAACCUGGACGCCAUAUUGGAGAGCAUGCGGACGCUCCGGCUUGAAGACGAGAAGACCAUCCAGCACCUCCGAGAGCAGCUCGCCGGCAAGAGAAACCUGUGGCUGGAGCACCACGCCGACCCUGCCGAGAAGGCACACGCACUGGGGGCCAUCAAGCGGAGCUCGCCGCCGCCCGCUGAACCGACCCUCAACUUGACGUACGGACCGGCCAUGGGGGCACCGGAGGUUCCCCGCUACCUUCAAGAGUCGUGGCGGAAACCUUCGCGUGUCACAAGCCAGGCAGUGCCCGCCAGUGUCUACCAAGCAGCUCCGGCCAGCAUCUACAACCCUGCAACUAGAAUUGUCUACCAGCAAAUCCCAAACAGCAUCCUUCAGGGAUACGAGAGCAGGGUGCCUCCCUCGGUCGCGGCUGCUGAGACACAAGACUCCGGACAGCGAGCGUCCAAGGCCAGCCUGCACCGCGCCGUCUCAGCCAUGUACAUUCGCCGCCAGCCAAGCCUAGCCAGAUUCGACGACACGUGGACUAGCGCAGACCGCCGAUCUGGACACUCUGGCGCGGACGAGCUUGGCAGCCCCGUGCCGCGGAUGAAGCAGCUAGCCUUGACGACCAUCCCGGACGAGCCCGUGUCCGAAGCCCCCGACGCCGAGGCAGUGCAGUGGGCGAAGGAGUUCUCCAGGAUGUUCAACCUGGUCCUCGGCUUCUGCAACUCGUACAUGCAGACCCCCGCGGCGCGCGACAUAGUGCAGCACAUCAAGGCGAGCUCGCCUCCGCUGUGGAAGUACAUGUGCCGCGUCAUCAGCCCGGCCGACGAGGCCGCCGGCGAAGCGCAGGCGACGGCCCUCCUCAAGGACGCCAAGACGCGGCCGCACCUCGUGCAGCGGCUGAUCGCGCAGCACAUGGUGCUGUUCAUGUUCUCGGCCGACGGCUGGCUCGAGUUCGACACGGAGCACGACGCCGUCAUGAAGCAGCUCACCUCACAGCUAAGCAGCAAGGCCGUUGUCAAGCCGCACGAGCGGCAAGCCCUUGUCGACCGCCAGGCCGAGCUCGUGCAGAGCAUGACGGUGCACGACAAGUGGGCGUCGUUCCGCCAGUACAAGGUCAACGACCACUUCCAGAAGCUCAAGAAGAUGAUGGGCCCGCUCGUCUGCGCGCGCCCCGGCCACAACAUGCACCAGGAGGCCUUCUAUGAUCUGCACAACGUCACCACGUCCGCCUGGGACCUGUCGGCCAAGCUCGUGCUGUCACGCCUGACCUUCAGCUAUGUGUGGAACGACACGGGCGCCAAGUAUUCUGACGAGAGCCACGUCGCCAUCGAGCACAGGGAGGAUCCCGUGAUCCUGCAGAUCAAGCAGGCGCGCAUCAAGCUCGCCGUGACGCCCAUCAUCACCAUGCGCGACGACCGCGGGCUGGCGGUUAUGCCCAAGUGCCUGAGCAAGUCCGAGGUCCUGAUCAUGUCGUGA